UUGCUUGAACUUUAACUCGAGUAGCUUUGAAUUGUGACUGAUGAUAAUUUGGGAGUCAGCAGUCGUGUUUAUAUAGAACGAGCAUCAGUCGAGGAGCUGAACACACGAAAGACGGAGCAAUAGCCAUAGCCAUAGCAUAGCUGCGGCCUUCACAACGACUCAGCAAUAAGUCCAAGCCAAAGCUAGCCGAAUCCACGAACUAAAGCCGAAUUUGACUUGUUUGAGCUUAUUUCCGACAGCUGCAGCUCACGAAGCAUAUGCAGGCAGCCUGAGCUGCUGCUGCUGCUGCUGCUGUCUUAUCAGCGUCGAGGCAAGUCAAGGUGAACGACUUCUCUGGCUGAUAUGCUAGCCCUUACCUAUAAAAGCGUUUCGCGCAGAACCAAACAGCAUCAGUUAACCCCGUCAUCUUCUGCGUAAGACAACAAACAGUCCCGAAAAUAACCAAACUCAAAAUGUUCAAAUACGUCGCCAUUGUUGCCCUUCUGUUUGCCUCCGCCAGCGCUGGUCUGAUUGAGACUCAUCAUGUGGUCCACGAGCCCGUUCUAGCCAAGGUGGGCACCGUUGUGCACAGCGCUCCUUCGGCUGUCUCCCAUCAGAGCAUCACUCAGGUCCACAGCAAGCCUGUCAUCCAGCACGUUGUGGCGCCUGUCCUGAAGACCACCAUCCAUGCUGCUCCAGCUGUCCACGCCGUGCAUGCUGCUCCAGUGGUUCACUCCGUUCAUGCUGCUCCUCUGCUGCACGCUGCUCCUGCUGUGGUGCCAGUCGUGCACUCAGCUCCUGUGAUCAAGUCUGUGCUGCACACAGCUCCUUUGGCCUACUCUCUGCAUCAUUGAUUGAUUGAUUGAUCAGCGAUAGAUUGUGAUAGGAAGUUUAUGAUUUUUGUUUAAAUAAAGUUUUCCGUUUCAUUUAAAAAGUUUGUUGAGAAAGAGUUAUGUUCACAAAUGCGUGCCAUUGGCUGUCUUAUACUUACAACUCACUUUGCGCUGUCUUAUACAGAUGCAGUCUUAUACAACCUUAAGUACGUUGCAUACUUUUGGGCUUUGCGCUUAAAUCAAAAGACUUGAACUUCGCUCGCUAUAGGAAUUAUUUAUGUCAGGGCAUUUUAUUGCAUACAAAUAGAAACUAAAACAUUUUUUUGUGAUUUUUCGUUGUUGCUUAAACAGGGCACGUGAAAUUUCAGUGGGUGAAACAGUAGCCGGACGGAGUACAUGUCAGUAUGUCAGUGUGUGUGCGUGUGUGUGUGAGUCUAUCUAUUUGUCUGUCUGGAUGUGUCGCGUUUAGCUAUUGGCAGCUCUCUUUUACCAGAUGCUCUUGACCACAA